GACGCAAAGUCUUGUGGGAACUGUAGGACACGUAUUGACAGGCUAGACAAGCAUGGAAGACGCCGGAGAGAGCACGCGUGGCUGUGAAAAUAUCUCGGAUUCAGAAGAAGACCGAUGCUCAGAAAAUGACUUUGGGACGUCCAAACUCGGAACUAAAGAGUUCUGGGAUGAUGCAUACCAAAAAGAGCUUGAGACGUUCAACGAUAUUGGAGAUGUUGGUGAGAUAUGGUUUGGUGAGGAAAGCAUGAGCCGUGUACUGCGAUGGAUGGACAAAGCGAAGAUCCCAGAGAAUGCUGCCAUUCUUGAUAUUGGCACUGGAAAUGGAGCGUUUUUAGUUGAGCUGGCCAAACAUGGAUACAAGAAUCUGACCGGCAUAGAUUAUUCUCCUGCGUCUGUCGAAUUGGCCAGAAGUGUGCUUCAGGCAGAGGGCCUGACAGAUGUCACUGUAAAGGAGAUGGACUUCUUAAGUUGUCAAAAGGAGUUAAAAGGUUUUGACGUCUGUAUCGACAAAGGAACAUUUGAUGCAAUAAGCUUAAACCCAGUCAACACCAACGAGGGCAAAAGACAGUAUGUCCAAGCCCUAAAAGAUGUUCUAAAGGAUAACGGAUUCUUUGCCAUCACUUCCUGUAAUUGGACAAAAGAGCAGCUACUUGACAGAUUCAGUGAAGGAUUUGAGUUUGUGCAGGAGUUGUCUACACCCACUUUCCAAUUUGGAGGCAAGACGGGCAACAGUGUAGCAGCGCUCAUCUUCAAAAGAGUGCAUUGAUUUACGUCAGACAGGAUAUCACCACAGGAAAUCGUCACAUCUUUGCACUUUAAAUCUCUUCUUUUUUUUGACUGUGUAAUGAAACAAAGUUGCAUCAACUGAGUGGGAUGGUUUUUUUCUUAAAAUAAACCUUUUUUUUUCUUGUUUCC